UUAAAGCGAUAGCAAUCCGUGCCCUCUCCCCAGUGCUGGGCUGUUGGAGAGCUCGAGCGGCAAGCCAGGGAGAGCGAGCGUGGCACGCCGGCUAGCGAACCCGAGAGCGCACGGCUCCCCAAGCUGGCAGGCGCCGCGGGACCCCCCACCCUCUCUGGCCGCCCCUCCCCGGGCUCCCCCACGCUCCGUGCCUGCAGGAGCCCCAGGACUUCCCCGGAGGAGCUCACCCCAAGGGGCCCGGACCCCGGCGAGCCCGCCACCGUCCCCUCCAGCGCCUCCGCCACCACCGCAGCAGCCGGAGCAGCAUGGUCCAGCUGGGGAAGCUGCUCCGCGUCCUGACUUUGAUGAAGUUCCCCUGCUGCGUGCUGGAGGUGCUCCUGUGUGCGCUGGCGGCGGCGGCGCGCGGCCAGGAGAUGUACGCCCCGCACUCUAUCCGGAUCGAGGGGGACGUCACCCUCGGGGGGCUGUUCCCCGUGCACGCCAAGGGUCCCAGCGGAGUGCCCUGCGGCGACAUCAAGAGGGAGAACGGGAUCCACAGGCUGGAAGCGAUGCUCUACGCCCUGGACCAGAUCAACAGCGAUCCCAACCUGCUGCCCAACGUGACGCUGGGCGCGCGGAUCCUAGACACUUGUUCCAGGGACACUUACGCGCUCGAACAGUCGCUCACUUUCGUUCAGGCGCUUAUCCAGAAGGACACCUCCGACGUGCGCUGCACCAACGGCGAGCCUCCGGUUUUCGUCAAGCCGGAGAAAGUAGUUGGAGUGAUUGGGGCUUCCGGGAGUUCGGUCUCCAUCAUGGUAGCCAACAUCCUGAGGCUUUUCCAGAUCCCCCAGAUUAGUUAUGCAUCAACGGCACCUGAGUUAAGUGACGACCGGCGCUAUGACUUCUUCUCUCGCGUGGUCCCACCUGAUUCCUUCCAAGCCCAGGCUAUGGUAGACAUUGUAAAGGCCCUAGGCUGGAAUUACGUGUCUACUCUCGCAUCUGAAGGAAGUUAUGGAGAGAAAGGUGUGGAAUCCUUCACGCAGAUUUCCAAAGAGGCAGGUGGGCUCUGCAUUGCCCAGUCCGUGAGAAUCCCCCAAGAGCGCAAAGACAGGACCAUUGACUUUGAUAGAAUUAUCAAACAGCUCCUGGACACCCCCAACUCCAGGGCCGUCGUGAUUUUUGCCAACGAUGAGGAUAUAAAGCAGAUCCUUGCAGCAGCCAAAAGAGCUGACCAAGUGGGUCAUUUUCUUUGGGUGGGAUCAGACAGCUGGGGAUCCAAAAUAAAUCCACUGCACCAGCAUGAAGAUAUUGCAGAAGGAGCCAUCACCAUUCAGCCCAAGCGAGCAACCGUGGAAGGGUUUGAUGCCUACUUUACAUCCCGCACACUUGAAAACAACAGAAGAAACGUGUGGUUUGCCGAAUACUGGGAAGAAAACUUCAACUGCAAGCUGACGAUUAGUGGGUCAAAGAAAGAAGACACAGAUCGCAAAUGCACAGGACAGGAGAGAAUUGGGAAAGAUUCCAACUAUGAACAGGAGGGUAAAGUUCAGUUUGUGAUUGACGCGGUCUAUGCUAUGGCCCAUGCCCUUCAUCACAUGAACAAGGAUCUCUGUGCUGACUACCGGGGUGUCUGUCCAGAGAUGGAGCAGGCUGGGGGCAAGAAGUUGUUGAAGUACAUCCGCAACGUUAAUUUCAACGGUAGCGCUGGCACCCCAGUAAUGUUUAAUAAGAAUGGGGAUGCACCUGGGCGUUAUGACAUCUUUCAGUACCAGAUGACAAACACCACCAACCCUGGUUACCGUCUGAUUGGACAGUGGACAGAUGAACUUCAGCUCAACAUAGAGGACAUGCAGUGGGGUAAAGGACUCCGGGAGAUCCCGGCCUCAGUGUGUACACUGCCAUGCAAGCCUGGCCAAAGAAAGAAGACGCAAAAGGGAACUCCUUGCUGCUGGACCUGUGAGCCUUGCGAUGGCUACCAGUACCAGUUUGAUGAGAUGACGUGCCAGCAUUGCCCCUAUGAUCAGCGGCCCAAUGAAAACCGAACUGGCUGCCAGGAUAUCCCCAUCAUCAAACUGGAGUGGCAUUCCCCCUGGGCAGUUAUCCCUGUCUUCCUAGCAAUGUUGGGGAUCAUUGCCACCAUCUUUGUUAUGGCGACUUUCAUCCGCUACAACGACACACCCAUCGUCCGGGCAUCCGGGCGGGAACUGAGUUAUGUUUUAUUGACAGGCAUCUUUCUUUGCUACAUCAUCACUUUCCUGAUGAUAGCCAAACCUGAUGUGGCAGUGUGUUCUUUCCGGAGAGUUUUCUUGGGCUUGGGCAUGUGCAUCAGUUAUGCAGCCCUCUUGACAAAAACCAAUCGGAUUUAUCGCAUAUUUGAACAGGGCAAGAAAUCAGUGACAGCUCCCAGACUCAUAAGUCCAACAUCACAGCUGGCAAUCACCUCCAGUUUAAUAUCAGUUCAGCUUCUAGGUGUUUUCAUUUGGUUUGGUGUCGAUCCACCCAACAUCAUCAUAGACUAUGAUGAACAUAAGACAAUGAACCCUGAGCAGGCCAGGGGAGUUCUCAAAUGUGACAUUACAGAUCUCCAAAUCAUUUGCUCCUUGGGAUAUAGCAUUCUUCUCAUGGUCACAUGUACUGUGUAUGCCAUCAAGACUCGGGGUGUCCCAGAGAAUUUUAAUGAAGCUAAGCCCAUUGGAUUCACUAUGUACACAACAUGUAUAGUAUGGCUUGCCUUCAUUCCAAUUUUUUUUGGCACUGCGCAGUCAGCGGAAAAGCUCUACAUACAAACCACCACGCUUACAAUCUCCAUGAACCUAAGUGCAUCAGUGGCGCUGGGGAUGCUGUACAUGCCGAAAGUGUACAUCAUCAUUUUCCACCCUGAACUCAAUGUGCAGAAACGGAAGCGAAGCUUCAAGGCGGUAGUCACAGCAGCCACCAUGUCAUCGCGGCUGUCACACAAACCCAGUGACAGACCCAACGGUGAGGCAAAGACAGAACUCUGUGAAAACGUAGACCCAAACAACUGCAUACCACCAGUAAGAAAGAGUGUACAAAAGUCUGUUACUUGGUACACUAUUCCACCAACAGUAUAG